AUGAAGACCCAAACCAUCGCUUCCGUUGGCCUUUUCGCCAAGCUGGCCCUUUCUCAAUCAGUCAUCAACUCUGGAAACGGAUUUGGAACCUACUACUACGAUGUUGUUGAUAGAAAUGGCUGCGGCAACAACUUCGCCAACAUCAACACGGGAUUCGUUGAAUGCAACCAGUUUACCGGCUUGUCCCUGAACCAGAUCAACAGCAACAACGUUGUUGCCAUGAACCGCACUCUUCUUGCUUCCAACUUUGCCAAGUACUGCGGUAAGAAGGUUGUUGUCAGCUUCAACGGUGUUCCAUCCAGCCAGCAGUUCUUCAUCGGUGAUGGCUGUGAGCGUUGUGCCACUGGACCAUCUACCGCCAGCGUGUGGAACCCCAACGGUGCUCCCGGACUGGAUUUCAGCUUGAGCGGCCUUGAUGGAAUCAACUCCAACGGCUGCUUUGCUGGACAUCUCGAUAUCUCUUGGCAGAUUCUGGACGAGACUCUCUACAACUUCGACACAAAUGCUCCCGGUCAGCCCACCGGCCCAGUCAGCGGCGGCGGAAGCAACCCCGGAAACGGCGGUGGCAGCAACCCUGGAAACGGCAGCGGCUCUUGCAGCUGGGCUGGCCACUGUCAAGGUGCAACCUGCAGCACAGAUGAUGAUUGCUCCGACCCUUGGGGCUGUGUCAACGGCAUUUGUGGCGGUAGCUCAAGUGGAGGCUCAGCUCCUCCCCCUUCCAACACUUGCAGCUGGGUUGGUCACUGCAUUGGCGCUUCUUGCGGCUCUGAUGAUGACUGCUCCGACAACUUUGUCUGCAACAGUGGCAAGUGUGCCAACCCAUAA